CCCUUACCUCCAGACGCGGACGCUUGAGCGGCUCAGAGCACCUCCUCCCGGGCGCCUCAGAAAGGGCGCUGGGAGUCUGAGUUCGUCAGGUGCAUUUGGCCGACAGUCGCGUUGCGUUCCCGCCUCUCUCAGCGCGUCAGAGGCAGAAGUUGUGACCUUGGUGGGAAACCAGUCCAGGAAACGUAGAUGAGUAGAGAGAUCUGCAUCCAUACCUGGCCGUGCUCCUACUAUUUAGAACUUGAGAAGCGAUGGAUCCCUGGAAAACUUUCAUUAACUCCUCUUUCACUAAAAUUUAUGGCGGAUAAAACAGAAGAAGUUCUUGUCAACUUUCCCCUUUCUAGCAUAAUUGAAAUCAAGAAAGAGGCUUCCCAUUUUUUCUUCAGUUCUAUCACCAUCCUGGAAAAGGACCAUAUUAAGCACUGGUUUAGUUCCUUAUAGCCUAAUCGGAAUGUCGUCUUCAGCAUUAUUGAGCAUUUCUGGAGAGAGCUGUUGUUGUCUCAGCCAGAAACCGCUGUUCAAUCAUCAUCCUCCACCAUGACCAAGGGGAAGGAACUGACUGGAUUGAUGGCGCGUUCCCAGAAGCGUUUGGAAGAUACGGCAAAAGUCCUCCAUCAUCAAGGGGAACAGUUUGAUAACAUCAUGAAAGGACUAGACAAGAUUGAAUCUGAUCUGGAGGUGGCUGACAGAUUGCUGACAGAACUGGAAUCUCCUUCUUGGUGGCCUUUUAGUUCCAAACUGUGGAAGACUCCAUCAGGAACAAAGCCCAGGGAAGGUGCCUCAGUGUCCUCCUCUGAGGCUUUUGGAAAAGAAGGGGUGGUAAUUAAAAUUCCUGCGAUUAUUUCCCAAGGAACAGAGUCUCACGUUAAACCAGGAAAGCUCACGGUCCUUGUUUCUGGAUUAGAAAUCCAUGACUCAAAUUCUUUGCUCAUGCACAGAUUUGAAAGAGAAGAUGUGGAUGACAUUAAGGUUCACACACCGUAUGAAAUUAGCAUACGCCAGCGAUUUAUUGGGAAGCCAGACAUAGCUUAUCGUUUGAUAUCUGCAAAAAUGCCAGAGGUCAUCCCAGUGUUAGAAGUGCAGUUCAACAAGAAAAUAGAGUUGUUAGAAGACGCCUUGAUGCUCAGUAGCACCAGAGCCUCCUCUCCAGCAGAGAAAGUUUGCUCACCCUGGCAUGCAGCAUCUGGGCUGAUGGUGGACCGCGUUUUGCACCGAGAGUUCUCCUCAGGAAGCGAAGAAGGCAGGCAGGCUCAGAUGCAGACAAGCGAGCAGCUCAUCUCCGAGGAGGACACGCAGGAGCUGAGACAGAUCCUGAGGAAGCUGAAGAGCCUUGCCCUGGACACGGAGACGGAGCUGCAGAGGCAGGAUGAGGCUCUGGACGGCAUUACCUCUGCUGUGGACCGGGCGGCCUUCACCAUGGACAAGCACAAUCGGCGAAUAAAAAAACUGACCUAGGAGAGGGAAACGCACCCGUGGACCAUUUCGGAAGAGAGUCAUGUCUCUGGAUUUGUCCUUCUCAAUCCCCACAUCCUUCCACCCACCGGAGGGCCCUGGGAAGCGACUGCUGUGAGGAGUGGCAGGGGCAGUGUAACCCAGGGUCCUGGCGACUCCCACGGAGGAAGUGCCCUGCAGUGAGGGAGAGGGUGCGGGGUAAGGACGGUCGGGCCUGUGUGCGGAGCAGUGCAGACGGGGCCGGUGGACCUGGCCUGGGAACCAGGCUGGCCCACUUGCUCUCCUGCUCAGAGCAGGGGCCCGAGCUCCGUCGAGGCUGCUGGGGACGUGCAGGCCCCACCCCACCCCACCCCACCCUGCUGCUGGCAUGCUGUCCUCCUUGGGAA